AUUUAAUUUAAAGUGCAACGCCACUGAAGUGAAUAUUCUGAAGUGAAUAUGAAUAACUCUUCAAUUGGUAACUCGACGCAAAUUCCUGAAGAAGGGGAAAACAUUCUUAUUAUCUUCCUAGACAGUCUAAUAUUACCCCUCAGCUUAUCUGGAAACUCCUUGGUCAUCUAUACAAUCCGUAAAGAACGUGAGCUUCAGACAACCUGUAACUAUUUACUGCUGAAUCUCGCUAUAUGUGAUAUCAUCGUUGUAACUCUUGGCACUUCAAUUGAUAUCAUGUUACAGUUUACAAAAUCAAAAUGGAUCUUGGGUUCAUUUCUUUGCCACGUGAUCAGUCCUGCUCUGACGAUGUUUUACAUUUCCGCCUCGUUAAUUUUGGUCGUCAUCUCUAUAGAUCGCUACAAAAUGUUUGUUCACCCACUCAAGGCUCGCUACCAACGUACUCAUGUGAAAUACGCUAUUAUAAUUGUUCACAUUAUAUCCCUAUGUUGCGUCAUGCCUUUUGCCUUCUUCUCGACGAUAACAGACGGACAUUGCUACGAUUCCUGGCCAGAAAUUUGGCAUCGCAAAGCCUACACAGUCUUUCUAUUUCUAAUGCAGUAUGCAUUACCGCUUACUAUAAUGGCCUUUGCGUAUAUUGGUGUUGCCAUCUCCCUCCUUCGUAAUAAAUCUGCGUUUAAAAGAAAAUUUGAAAGAAAAAGCACCACCCCAAUGAAAUCGCUUAUUGGAUUACCAUCUCAGUCUCAAAUGCAUGACGGUAUUGGUGUGUCGGAAUACUCCGAGACAACAAUGCCAUGUCGUCCCGUGAACGAUGCUAAAGAGCGAGGUAUGUCGGUGAUAUUAGAAAACAAUGGCAGAACGAGCAGCAUCCUUGACACAGACAAUGAUGUAAAUGCAAACUACUCCACAGCAGAUAAGAAAUUUAACGUCCCUCGAAUUGACGACAAGAAACGAUGUUUCGGGUCUUGCCACAAGAGCGAAAUCUCUGAUCAAAAGCAUUUAGUUAACAAUUCGUCCGAUGAAGGGCCUAGAACUGGAACCGAAGAUUCUUCAAAGAAUCCUGCAACACCUGAAACAACUCGCACAACAAUAAAGCGAAGUCUAUCGGAUAGGUUGCCAAUGAGACGCGCUAUUGCCGUUCGCCGUCGUGAUCGGAGCUCAACCAUUUCAAGCACACCAUCUCGACGUGAUCAACGAAAUAACCGCGCACUUAAGAUGAUUCUCCUUGUCGUCGUUGUUUUCGCCGUAUUUAUGCUUCCUCUGCAAAUUAUGAGUCUACUCCUCGAUUUUGCCGGAAAACCGUCACAAGAGAAGUACAAAAUUUACGCUUGGUUUGUCAUGUGUUCAUAUUUUGGUAGUUGUACCCUCAAUCCAUUCAUCUAUGGUUUAGUGGAUCGAACCUUUCGCGCUGGAUUCAAGAAAUUUGCGAAAAAAUUUACAGGAAUAUGGAAAUGUUCAUCGAACUAGACUUUAAUGCAUAUCUUUUUAUUCUGUUCAAAAAAUUUAUUAAGAAAUGAAGAGUUUGUUCUGGCACAUAGAAUACAUUAAGUUUCUGGAAAGUAAUUGACAGAUUCGAAAACUAGCCAACACAAUUUUGCAUUACCAGGCUAAUAAACAAUUUUUCAAGAGGGAUUGCUUUUUAACGCAAGGUGUAAGAGUUAAAUUGAAAACAACUCAUCCAUGCAAGUGAAAUCAUAUAGCCAAGCUA